AUGGCAGAAAGGAAUGAUAUUCAGAUGCAAAUUGCUGCAUUAUCUCAACAUUUGGAGAGGUUGAUGAAGCAACAACAAGAUGAGUUUCAUGAUAGGUUGGACCAACUAGAGAAUAGAACCCCACCAAGAGGAGGAGGAGGAGGGCCACAAAGGAAUGAAGGGAGAAUAGAAGGAGUAAGGUUGAAUGUGCCACCUUUCAAGGGGAGGAGUGAUCCUGAAGCUUACUUGGAGUGGGAGCUCAAAAUUGAGCAUGUAUUUUCUUGCAAUAACUAUAGUGAGGAGCAAAACGUAAGGCUUGCAGCAACUGAAUUUUCUGAUUAUGCUUUAAUUUGGUGGAACAAGUUACAAAGACAGAGGAUUAGAGAUGAGGAGCCUUUGGUGGACACUUGGGGUGAGAUGAAAAGGGUCAUGAGGAAGCAGUAUGUACCUUCUAGCUUCCAUAGGGACUUACAAUUGAAACUACAAAGACUUUCUCAAGGAAGCAAGGGAGUAGAUGAGUAUUACAAGGAGAUGGAGAUUCUUAUCAUCCAAGCAAAAAUUGAAGAAGAUCCUGAGGAGUUUGUGGAGAUGGAGGAUCUAUUGCAUAAAGCCAUACAAGUAGAACAACAUAUUAAAAGAAAGAGUACAGCAAGAAAGAGUUCUACCAAUUUCAAUUCUUCAAACUGGAAAGAUAGAGUAAAGAAUGAAGGUGUUGCCUCCUAUAGCAAUUCAGUGCUUUCUAAUGAAGGAAAAAUUGUUCAAAAGAAACCUGAACAUCCACCAAAGAGGACUAGAGAAGUGAAAUGUUUUAAAUGUUUGGGCAUGGGACAUUAUGCCUAUGAGUGUCCUACAAAGAAGACCGUUCUUCUUAAGGAUAAUGGGGAGUACACAAGCGAUUCUGAUGAUGAUGAUGGAGAGGUAGAAGAGAGUGAUGGUGAGUUGAAACCUAAUGUAGGAGAGUUAUACAUGAUUAGAAGGAUGUUGGGAAGUCAAGUCAAGGCCGAGGAUGCAUCUCAAAGGGAGAAUAUUUUUCAUACAAGAUGUUCAGUUAAUGGUAAUGUAUGUUUGGUAAUCAUUGGUGGAGGAAGUUGUACCAAUGUGGUGAGUUCAAGAUUAGUGUCAAAAAUGAACAUGGACACUAAACCACAUCCUAGGCCAUACAAACUUCAUUGGCUUAGUGAAGGAGAAGAAGUCCAAGUGAAACAGCAAGCUGAAGUUUCUUUCACCAUUGGGAAAUAUGAAGAUAAGAUCUUAUGUGAUGCGGCUCCCAUGGAGGCUAGCCAUAUUCUUUUGGGAAGACCGUGGCAGUAUGACAUUAAAGCCAUUCAUGGUGGUUUCACUAACAAAUUCUCUUUCAUGUAUCAAGAUAAAAAAGUGGUCCUCAAACCCUUGUCUCCUAAAGAGGAUUAUAAAGAUGUGUUUCCAGCAAGUGUCCCUGAUGGUUUGCCACCUUUGAAAGGAAUUGAGCAUCACAUUGAUCUCAUUCCGGGAGCUGCUUUGCCCAAUAGGCCAGCUUAUAGGAGCAACCCACAAGAGACCAAAGAGAUUGAAAAACAAGUUACUGAACUCAUGAGUAAAGGUUGGGUGAGGGAUAGCAUGAGUCCAUGUGCUGUACCUAUGAUUUUGGUGCCCAAAAAGGAUGACUCAUGGAGGAUGUGUUCUGAUUGUAGAGCAAUAAACAACAUCACCAUCAAGUAUAGGCAUCCAAUUCCAAGGUUAGAUGAUCUUCUUGAUGAACUUUAUGGUGCAUGUGUGUUUUCUAAAAUUGAUCUUAAAAGUGGCUAUAAUCAGAUUAGGAUUAGAGAUGGUGAUGAAUGGAAAACUGCUUUUAAAACUAAAUAUGGAUUGUAUGAGUGGUUGGUUAUGCUCUUUGGUUUGAAAAAUGCACCUAGUACUUUUAUGCGGUUAAAGAACCAUGUUUUAAGAGAGUUUAUUGGUAAAUUGGUUGUGGUGUACUUUGAUGAUAUUCUGAUCUAUAGCACCAGUCUUGAGUUGCAUGUUGAGCAUUUGCAAUCUAUUUUGGUUGUUCUUAGAAAAGAAAAAUUGUAUGCCAAUUUGGAAAAAUGCAUCUUUUAUUCUGAUCAUGUGGUGUUUUUGGGUUUUGUUGUGAGUGCUAAAGGUGUACAAGUUGAUGCGGAAAAGGUCAAGGCCAUCCAAGAAUGGCCUACACCUAAGACUGUUAGUAAGGUGAGGGGUUUUCAUGGUUUAGCAAGUUUUUACAGGAGAUUUGUUAAGGAUUUUAGUACACUGGCUGCACCUCUAAAUGAAAUUGUUAAAAAGAAUGUGGGUUUUAAAUGGGGAGAGAAACAAGAGGAGCCCUUUGCUUCCCUCAAGCAUAAGCUAACUAAUGCACCUAUUCUUGCCAUGCCUAAUUUUGCAAAAUCUUUUGAAAUUGAGUGUGAUGCAUCAAAUGUGGGUAUUGGGGCUGUUUUGCUGAAGUUUAUUAUACAAAGUGUUUAA